GUAAGAGGCUGCCUUCAUGCUCAUGCAUUACAGAUUUAAGAGUCAUGUGAGACAAGCAUGACAAGCUUGCACUCUUCCAGACCCAGACAUAUUUGCAGUUGAUAGGGGGCCCCGGAUGACGAGGAAACCGGUAGUUGCGAUUCAAAAAAGCUUAUGCAUUGCUAAUAUGUCUGGCUCUGGGUCUGGAAGGAUGCAAGAUUUGCCAUGCUUGUCUAGCAUGACUCUGAGCUCUGUAUUGCGUGCCCGCAAAGAGCUCCUCUUUCCUGUCAUGCAGAAGCGAAAUUUCUCAUGCGGAUUACGCAACUCAGAGGCAGAACCACAACCACGGAAAAACUUGUCAUGCUUGGCAGUGCAUUACAAUGUGCGCAUUGGUCCUUGACUUGCAUCACAAGUUUCCAGACCCAGACAUAUUUGCAUUCAAAAAAACUGGCCGCCGAGAACUUGCGAAUUCGACAAAAACAGGCACUGACGACUAUCACGACGGUUUUGGGCACCGCGACCUUUCUCGGGGGCGUGUUGCUGGUGCUAAGGAUGCUGUUUUUGUGAGGAAAAGUAGAGAUGGAAAAUGAGCUUGAUUGAAAUCAGGAAAACACGAAUGACACACCGCACAUAUAAGCUCAGCUUUUGGACAAGAAGACAAUCGCAGAGAUGGUCCAGAGAUGAUGAUGGUAAAGAACAGGACAGACUUUUUGUAAACACAUGAGAACUACUACACCUCCGCAUAGGCAUUCGGCUCUCCUAAUUAUCUGAAGACUACAG